ACAGGCAGAUUUCUCCCAUUUAAAAAAAUCUGAACCAUUACUUGUGCUUUAAUACUGAAAAAUAUAUUUUUUUCCGGUGGUAGCUAGCCAGCUUUACAGUCUGGAGAUGCCUCCUUAAAUCUCCGUCCACCCAUUGAGUUUGUCGCUUUGGAGGAAAAAAGUUGAUUUUUCUCAGAUAAGUUCUCCCAAAAUGUAGCUUUCUAACUCACAUGCAUGCGAGUCAAAAACUUUACCGCGAAAAGCGAGAAGUUCGGCGAGAUGAGUUUUUAGCUAGCUGUAGAUGUUACAGUUUACAGAACAGCUGUCCUAAGAUGCUAACGUCCAUAGUUAUGCUACAGUUUGAAGUUGGUAAGAAAUGACAGAAACGUUUGCUAUAGAUUGAAGCUGGUAAGAAAUGGCGGAAUGUGAUACCGAUGUUUUGGUCAGUUUCGCCGAGUCGCUGCAUGUCUACACUGGGCUUCUGACUGUGGCUACAGUUUGUGGAGGACUGUCGGGAAUAUUAGCAGCUGCUCUUUUAUAUGUCUUCUGCCUGAAGCCGUUGUUGCUGACGAGACAAGGCUACAAUGCAAGGAGGCUGCUGGAACCAGAUGAUGGGGAAUUAGACAACAACCAAAGUGACUGUGUCAGCAACAGCAGAAAGGAGGCUACAAGUGGCACCACUAAUGACAAAGAGAAGAAGCAGCCACCCAUGAACAGUGAUGUGGCUGCAUUUGCAUCCAGAGCAAAGGUGGUUUAUCCCAUCAACCAAAAAUACAGACCUUUAGCAGAUGGAGCAUCCAAUCCAUCACUACAUGAGCACUCAAAGUUGCCAGCGAUGCCGAACGAAGAGUCUUCGUCCUCCAUGGACAGAGAGUCUCUGAGUCAAGAGCAAGACAACGAUGACAGCAGUCAGUUUAUCUCAUCCUCGCUGGUCCCCAAGAGCCUACAGAACCAGAGUUUCAACAGGGUCUCUCACUACCCUCACACACUCACACAAACAGGCUUUGAAGGCAGGAUCAGCCUUUAUUGUUUGGCCCUGCAGGAUAUACAAAAUCACUGCUCUCAGCUUCAAGAAGAAAAAUACCUGAUUUUUCUACAAAUGGUGAAAGUCAUAUUCAACUGUCGGUUUCCAAAAGACAAAAAUGAUGCCGAGUUUGCCAAAAAUAUUCUUCAAAUUCAAGAAAAGGAGCUGAAUGACUUGAAGAAAGAGCUGCCAACAGGCCAAACUGUCACUGAGAAGAGUCAUAAUGCUCCCUGCACGCUGGAAGAGAUUGAGAGAGCUCAGAAAGAUCUCCUUGAAUAUGGCCUUCAAACAUCAAAGAGCUUCAGCAAACAGGUAGAAGACUUGUGCCAGCAUGUGCUGAAGAAGACCGGCAUUUUCUCUCCAGAUGAAGCACAGAGUGUUAUUCUCUCUCUAAUUCAGACACUUCUGGUAGUAGAGAACCACCUGAUGAAGGUACAAGAGGCUGAUCUAAAGAGGAUACAACACAAGCUGUUGUGGUGGGAGGAGCUCACAGGGCUUCUUCAAUCCCAGCCUGCCUUGCUGAGGCGAGAAGUAACUCUGAGACAGGGUUUGAUCGCCACAACACUCGAACAGCUGACAAGUGAUGAUGUCUUGAAUUUCAGCCACAUGGAAAAGAUACUUUCAGAGAUUCAGGCCACUCUGACAGAAGGCCUUCAGCAGUGUACCGAGGAGUGCACAAGAAAGACAAAUGAGCUGGUGAACGAGAAGUGCAGCAAAAAGGAGUCCAAAAGAAAAAAGCUUCAGAGGAGCCAGAUGAAAGAGAGGAGCCAAACACUGGAACUGAGAGAGACUCACAGCGACCUGCAGGAGCUCACCAAGGUGUACCAGGAGCUGCUGAUGAAACACAGGCAACAGCUUUCUGACUUGGAGCUGCAGCAGGAUAACAGGGUUGCUGACGCCCUCUGUGACCUUUGGAGGAAGCUUCGCAACUCCUGGUCAAAGAGGCUUGGAGAGCUAGCCAAGGAUGUCUUCCUCACAUCAGUUGCAGCCCAAACAAAGCUCUCUGCUGAACACUGUGAGAAGCUGUGGUUGGAUCUGGAGCAGGAGCUGGCUGCUCAGCUGCAGCAGGCCGAGUGCACCACCAAGCAGCAACUGGAGGACAUUAAGGCAGAGCUGGAUAAAGAUGGACAGGUAUGGAGUGAAGGUAUUGCUCUGGUGCAGGCCUGCCUGAAACAUCUGAGUGAGCAACAGAUGAAGAUCCUGCGAGCCACCGUGUCCAGACAGAGCUACACACUCAACAGUCAAAUGGGGCAGCUGAUAGAGAAGAAACACGAGCACCUGUUGGUGGUGAUGCAGAGGUACUUUGUGGUCAGACACGUCUGUCUGCACAUCCUGAAGGAGAUGAGACUGUCCAAGCUGAAGACGCUCUCUCAGACUGAUUUCAGAGCUCUGCUCAUGGAAGAUCCCAGUAGAAACCAGGCCAGUCCUAAUUCAGCUCUCAAGAACAGUAGCACCAGCCUCGCAGCGAGACAUCUGGGCCCAGAGAGUCAGCUUCUGGGGAACAGCUUCCAGCAGGAGUUCUUGUCUGAACUGGAAACUGGAACGGAGCUUCUUCAGAGCCAUGCACAGCUGGUGUUAGGCAAUGCCCUGAGCCACGCCAUCCAGCAGAUGAUGGAGGCUCCACCCACAGAGACACAGACCUCCAAACAGGACGAUGGCUUGAAGCGUCACCUGACAGAGGCUGUUGCAGAGAGCGUCUAUGUGACCAAAGACUCUCUUACUUCACUGGUGGAAAGCUACUUUUCUCAUCUUCAGGACAUUACCAAAAAACUGCAGCAGGAUCAGUCAAACCCAAACAAUGAGGUAAAUGAGAAGCAAGACAGCAGCAGUCAGCUGAACAAAGCCUUGCUGAGGGAGCUGGUGAACUGGGGCAAGAAACCUGCCUCUGCUGAGUUUCAACAGAGGGUUGAACUUCAUAAAAGGAAGGUGCUGGAGCAGUGCGAGUUGGAUCAGGAGACGAUAUAUGAGGAGCUGAAGCGGAAGAAAACAGCCCAGGAUCAAACUAUGGAAACAAUCAAAGGGCAGUUACUGGAGGCAGAAGAAAGCUUCAUAACUGAGCUGGCAGCUUUGGCCCGGAUUUCUGUCCACAGUCCAGAUCCAGAACUUAGUGGUGAAGAGGACAACAUUGGUGACCAGAGCACCCCAAUACUGGACCUUCUCACCCUGAACCCAGCAUUGGAUCCAGCUCUGAAUCCUUCACUGACUCCAACUUUUGUUACUCCAGUGGUGAAAUCAAAGCCAAAGAAGCAAAGAGAGCGAGAGUCUCAUCUCAGCUAACACCCUAAUGCAGGGUGCAAAUUACAGGGGAGCCACGGGGAGCUCGGUCCCUUUUAAUAAAACAUGAGCUCUCCUGAAAAUAUGAACUAAAUAUUACCAGUAUGCUGUUUCUGCCAUGUAUUCCUAUUUAUCCUCAUCUUCAUAAUUGUGGAUCAUGCAUACAAUUAGGCUAAAGCUAAUAAAUGAUUCAUGCAUGAAGUUGAAUAAUCACAAACACAAGCAUAAGAACUACGCUCAAAGAACGGGGGGGGGGGAAAGUACUUUCUUGAUAUCAACUGGCAUAAAACAGAACAGACAAACACACCUUACAAUCAGUGUUGCUGUGUCAGUCGCAACUGAGGAGGAACAGUAAUAGAAUAAAGGUAAAUCAAGUGUUUUUUAAGAGUUGCAUCUGUUGUUUCUAAACUCAACAAUGGGAAGAAAAAGGGAGCAGCCUUAAAAGCCAUGCUGUAAGUCUGCACUAUGCUAAAAUGUUUACAUUUUUUUAAUUUAGUAGCACCCUGGAAAAAAAAAGUUGACACGUAUUAUCAUAGUUGCGAACAUCUAUUUUUCUGUUAAUACCACUGUUGUUAUUAGGAAGGUACGGCAAAACGUGUGUGUAUUUAUAUAUAAACUAGAAGUGUUUUGCAUUUAAAAACAGAUGACUGAAACUUUUCUAUAUGUUUUUAACACACCAUUAAAUAAUACAACUCUACAAAACGA